AUGGAAGACUCGGAACAUAUUGCUAUUAAAUGUGGUAUUAUCAAAUAUGUUUGUGAUAAGAUGGAGAAAUGGAAUUUUCAGUUGCCUGCUUUUAAUUCUUUGGAAGAUUGCCUGAAUGAGUUAAUGAAGCUCUUGGUUCAGAAUCCUUUCAUUGGAAAUUUAUAUUGUUCGGUAAUCUUUUGCUGUUGGAAAAACAGAAACAAAUUAAUUCAUGGUGGCAAAGAAGACAAUCGUUAUUUCUUAGCAGCUAAUGCAUUAGAAUAUGCAUUUGGUUCAUUUCGUAACAAUCCAAUUUUGGACAACUUGGAAGCUAAUCAGCACUUUGUGCUGGGUUUGAAAGCUUGGCUUCAUCCACCUCCUAGCUGGAUUAAAUGCAAUGUUGAUGCUUUGUUAUCAAAUAACAAUUUAGCUGGAAUAGUAGGUGUUUUUAGAGAUGACAAAGGAAGAAUUUAUGGAGCAUUUGGUUUCAGCAUUAAUCACUAG